AUGAGUUCUAUAAACAUAAUUAAAAUCUUUUUUGUCUUGUUUUUGGCUGAAGUGACAACAAUAACAGUUAAACCAUGCCCUACAAAUAAAAUAGCCCCACAUAGCCGAUAUCCAAGGUAUAGCCAGCAGUCCAGGACUUUUGGGCAUAUUUUCAGUUUGUUUGCUGAUGAGAGUCAAGAAAAUCAUGGCGGAUUACAGGAUGAUGCACAGGAUGAACCCAAUGACUGCGGUGAUGUCGAAGAUUACGACGAGAAUGAUUUAAGUACAGUUACACGAAAUCAAAAUACGCGAGAUAAGGAGCGAUUGUUCUUUAAUCCUUUGGGAUUCCUUUUCGGACAUGGUCAGAAGCCAACAGAAACUUCAACAAAGCGGCCAGUAAAGCCUACUUAUCCACCGAAGCGACCUCCGCCUGGUGGCUACUUCGGCACCAACUCAUAUAGACCUCCAAUGCGGUUUACUCCAUCUGAUCACCUGAAGCCUGUUCUAGAGUAUGAUCAAGAGCCGCAAAUUCUAUACAAGCCUGGUUUGGUUGGAGCUCCCCUUGGUCAUGUUGUGGGUGUACUCCAAGUAAAGCCCUCAAGGCAGUCGUUACAAAACAGAGAUCCCAAAAGCCUUACCACAGAACCAACCAAAUAUCAACAUAAACAACCAAAACCAAGGAACAUUCAGGACACUGGUGUUAUUCGUUCCUUUAUAGAUUUAAUAUUUUAA